AUGGCACGGGUGCGGCAUCGUCAGCGCCGUGGGAUGCUAAAGAUGUAUUAUGGAGUUGGUGAAGAGGCUGGUAAAUCAACUGCCAUUGAUUACUGUGACAUCAAUGGAGCCCACUUCAAGCCAGACGAAUAUUUAGAAAAGCUUUUUAAAGAAAAAUCAUUGAAUGAUUUGUUGGACAAAGAGGCCGAUAUUGCCAAACGUAAGUCAGCAAAUCCAUUGUGUUAUUUGCAUGUAUGCCUGGUGCUGUGUUGUUAUACAUUUGGAUGACUUUGACCUUCAAAGAUCAGCUGAUAACACUGCAUGUCUGAUGCGAUGAACCUUGAAACCCUACAAAAACCCCUCACGGCUAUCUUGCGGGUCACAUACAGUACACCUGUACAACUGUACUGCAGAUGCGGAGGACCACUUGCUGGACUAACUCUAGUUGAACUUUAACUAAAUGAUAGUUAGCUACAUUUAAAAAGAAAAGUCAAAAUUUGAUGUUGAGGGCUUGGCUUUUCUUUCCCUUCCCAAUGGCCUUGUCUCUUUGCAUGAGUUGCCAGUGCACCAGGUGAGAAGUGAUCUCUUUGGAGUGUUUCUAACAGUCGCCUGCCAAGUUAAAUCUGCAACAUGCAGCUUUUAUGGGAGAUAAUAGUCAUCACACUCAUGCACACACAUUCCCAUUGUCAGUUUCAUUAAAAAUGAGUAUAUUUUUGAACUUUGUUUGCAGAAAUCAGAUCUUUAGACAGUGAAAUGCAGACUCUGGUCUAUGAAAACUAUAACAAGUUUAUUAGUGCUACGGAUACUAUCAGGAAGGUGAACAAUGCAUUAGUAAUACAGUUGACUCUCUCUUUACGGACACCCCUAUUAGAUGGACACCUCUAUGAAACGGACACCUAAUGUUGGUCCCUGCCUUUCUUUACUCCCUUUGUUUGACUCCCUGUAAGACUUUCCUCUCUCUGAGGUGGAAACGUAAGGCCAGUCCUAAAGGAGUCCAUCUUAGAGAGAGUUAACUGUAUACUUGACUACAGCAAGUAAGAGGCUGUAAGUACAUAUUGUAUACCUGCCAAAUAACACACAUUAGGGACCUUACGAUCCAACAACGGCGAUGUCCAUGUAAACAUCGUUGAAAAAUAGACUUCGCAUCCUUUAACUUUUUGCGAUUAUACCAAGUCACCCAGACAGAAGAGACAUAUGGUUGAAUCUCUCCUUGAGGAUACCCUGUCCUCUAUUAUAUACAGUUCUUCAAGUUCCAAAGAUGCCAAACUUCCUAUAAUCGCUGUCUCCAUAAUACAAACACCUCUAAAUUUGGAAACCCGGCUCUGUCCUUGUGGGGGUGUUCUAAAGAUUUUUCACUGUACAUUAUAUUUAUGCAAUAAUAGAAAAACAAGGGAAAGUCACUGUUCAAGAUCAAAGUUAAUGCUUUACGAAAGAAUCUCUUGUUUCCAGUUAUAAUUAUGCAAUUAGUAGGCUUAGUAUUGAAUGCCUAGGAAGUCUUUUUUUAGGUCUCCUUUCCUUUUAUUGCUCAUGAAAUUAUCCAAGGAUCAUGCUCAUAGUAGGUGGGGAAAAGUUUGCCCUUAGUGACAGCCCUGCAAAGGGGGCCUCCCAGAGGCCCCACUCACAUAUUUAAAUGACGGGGGGUCCGAAGGAUUUUUUUGGGUCUGACAUUUUGGCCAAAAGGGAUUUUUUGGGGUCUAUGAAAGAUGCCGGGAUUUUUUUGGGUCGCAAAAACAACACAGGGAUUUUUUUGGGUAUUGUAUUUUUCAUCAGCUCAAAUCAACAAUAACAUAAGCGCAAUUUACUGCUUGUGUGGUAUUACGGGAUAUUUCUGAGAUUGUAAUCUAUGUGAGAAGUAAUUACCAGCACUCCACGCGCAUCUAAUCCAGAGAGAAAUAUUCAAUAGGUCACAGCAUGUUUUAGCUUUCCAGAAGAUAAAUAAUAAAAUUUGCUGAUGUAAAAACACUGAGGGAUUUUUUUGGGUGUGCUAAAAAAAGUAGGGAUUUUUUUGGGUAGACAAAUUCUGAAGUUGGGAUAUUUUUGGAUAUAAAAUAUGAACCUCUGUCGGACCCCACCAACCCCCCCCCCCCGCCAUUAAAAUAUGUGAGUGGGGCCCCUGGGGGGGCCAAUUUAUUAUAACAGGGUUCGCACAGUCUUGAAAAGUCCUUGAAUUUUAGGGGAAGUCCUUGAAAAGUCCUUGAAUUCCAUUUUUCCUUGAAAAGUCCUUAAAUUUCUGUGCAAGUCCUUGAAAAGAGCUUGAAUUUUCUUCAACUUUGAAUGUAGUAGCCUGGAAAGAAUUUUUUGAUGCAUUUUGGUUGUCCAAGACAGAAUAUAAAUCGUAUCUCAGUGAAUGUAAAGGUCAUUUACAUAAAGUGCUCCAUGUUUUAUGCAAUAAUUAACUAUCAGUUUAAGACAAGUGAACUGGAAAAUGUGGAGAAUUUGGUGAAGCAAACAGUUAAAGCCUUAAAGUCUUAUUAGAAUAUACUGGGAAUAUGCAUUUUUGUACAAUCUGUGAAGUUAUAUUCCUAGUAGGUUGUCCUUGAAAAUCUAAUGUGGUCCUUGAAAAGUCCUUGAAAAGUCCUUGAAAAAUGGUUGCAAUAUUUGUAUGAACCCUGUAUAAAUGAUUAUAAUAUUGUAGGUAGACUCCAUUCUCAGGUUAAACCAGUAUUAGGUUACUAGUGUUAGCUUUUUGCUACGGAUGUGAUGCUGUUAGCAUAGGUUGAAAAUUAGUUUAUCCUUGUCUAAGACUGAAUUUUACCUACAAUGGCUAAAGUACAUCAAGGGAAUUUGUUGUUAUACAGAUGGAAAAGUUAUUAAUUCAGUCAACUAUCUCUAAGGGGACACCUUUGAGACUUGCGCUUAGUGCUUGUCUAAAAGUGAUGUCAAGUAAAGGGAGUAAAUAAAGCAGCGACCAGAAACCACAAGGGCCACAUGGCACACAGCAUGACUAGGAUAACUGGAAUGACUAGCAUAACUGGGGUGACUGGGGUUACUGGUGUGACUUGGGUGACCUGGAAGACUGAGAUAAAUAGGUGUCCGUCUUAUAGAGUUGUCUUUUAAGAGCGUCAACUGUACACAAUCUCAUGUCAUGAUUCAGAGAGUAAAGUGCUCAGUUUUCAAUGUGGUGCAUGUGUAUAUUUUAUCUAAAAGAUGAAGCAUGAUUUCAAGAAAAUGGAGGAGGAGAUGGAUAAGCUACGUGAAAACAUGUCAACCAUCACCGAGUUCAGUGAGAAAAUAACAGGCACACUACAAGGAAAGAGACAGCAGAUAACCAAAUUGUCAGGUGUUCAUGCAUUACUGAAAAAGGUAUUUUGUGGCAGGUGUUACUGAACAGAGUAACAGAGUAUUGGGAAAACAAUAACUGGCAUGACGAGGAUAACCAGGGUGACCAGGAUGACUUUAUAACAUUGACUGGGAUGAACGGGAUGACUGAGAUUGACUAGGAUAACUGGGAUGACUAGGAUAGCUGCGGUGACUGGGAUGACUAGGGUCAGUAGGGUGACUGGAAUGACUACAAUGACUAAGUUGACUACAAUAGGUUGACUGGGAUGACUUGGGUGACUGGUAUGACUUGAGUGACUUGGAUGACUGAGGUGACCGGGAUGACUAGGAUAGCUUGGAUGACUAGGGUGACUGGGAUGGCUACAAUAACUAUGAUGACUCGGUUGACAGGGAUGACUAGGGUGACUGGCUUCACUAAGAUGACUGGGAUGACUACAACCCUGGUCAAGACUCUGGAGACACUAACACAAUAGCUCGUCAAAAAAUGAUGCAUUUUUGCUGCCCUCUCCCCCCGGAGCAGUGUUAACAUUAUGCAUUCAAGUCUGUUUUCAACACAAUCUUUCCUCAAGUGUUCCAAGAUAUUUUUACCAGGGUUGUAGUCGUCUUAGUCACCCAAGUCACCUUGACUUGGGUGACUAGGCUGACUUGGGUUACUAGGAUAACUAUAGGGUGACUUGGGUGACUAGGGUGACAUGGUUUACUUAAAAUAACUAUGGUGACCAGGGUGACUUUGUGUAAAAAGAUUCUUUCUCUCUGUCCUUUCUCAACAGCUUCAAUUCCUUUUUGAGCUUCCAUCAAGAUUGCAUAAGUGUGUUGAAAUGAAACAAUAUGGAUUGGCAGUAAGGUAGCCAGUUACAUUGUUGUAUUUUAGCAAAUUGUGUAAGAUUUGUUAUGUUUCAAAUUUUUUAAGGAUACGUGUAGAUCACUAAAAUAUUUUUGUUGAUAUUAAAUUGCAUAGGUUACAUGUAUAUUUUAACAAACAUGACAUCGUUUUAGAUCACCAUUGACAUGAAAAAAGUGGAAUUUUUUAAAGAAUGAGUGAGGCAUGGUGAUGUUGUUAUGCAUACUUUCUCUGACUCCUUAAGAAAAUUAAUUUUGUAAUGUUACUGUUUUAUUUACAGGUAUUAUACAAAAGCAAGGGACGUCCUACAUCAUUACAGCCAUAUGCCAUCAUUUCAUGGCAUUCAUCAAGACUGUGAUGAGACUGUCAAACAACUGAUAGUUCAACUACGAGAACAGCUUAGAAAUCCAAAGGUUAUUUUAACCAGCUUAUUGAUUCUUCCUUUACUAUUAUUUGCAUUACACACAUUGAGCUUCAUUCUUUUUUAUUCUGAUAGCUUCACGUCAACAAGUGUAUUCUUUACACUGCAGGGCUGUGACUUUAUCAGACUCCUUAUGGUAUUGACUUUUUUUACAUGCCUUUUUUUUCUUUAAUUACAGUCCACCCCCAAACAAUUGGCGGAGUGCGUUGAUCUACUGCUUCAGCUGAAGGAGCCUGCAGAUGAGUUGUGUGAUGAAUUCCUUGCACAGUAGGAUUGAUAAUCUUUUUUAAUUUAUUGUUCCUUACCUCUAGGGACAUUUUACAGAAGAGACAUCUGAAAUUUGACCCCAAAAAUCCCAUACUGAUUAGGUAGAUAUGUCUGGAAUCUGAUCAAUGAGUGCUGACUGGUUGGCAUAGUAAUUCCAUUCUUUUUGCUGUUGUUUGGAAUGACAAACAAAAGAAAAAAGGUUACAGAGAUCAGAUAGAUCAGAUGUAAACACCAUGAAUGUGCCUACUACAAAAACAGUUAUUCAUGGAAUAUAAUCUUCUUUACCAGAGGCAUUUGACUGUGUGUUUUGUGACCCACAAUUCAGACAACCCUUUUUGUUUACACUGAAGAUAACAUUAUGGAACUUGAAAAAAACUUGAAUUUCAGUGCGCCCUGUGGACAAGCAGCUCUCAGAUUUUGCUUGCCUAGGUCCAUUGCUUCCUUAGCUUAUGAUUUAGCUAGAAGAUGGCUUACCUGAGUCCUUGAAGAGUUAGUUGUCCAGCUGGGAGAACUAUUUGUCCCAGGGAUUUGGAAGAUGCUUUUUUGAACCUAGCGUUGGGUUCUUUCAAUUGUCUUUAUUGUUGUACAUGUAGUGCUCAAGAGAGAUUGGAUGAAAGUUUAAAGAUUCUCAAAGCACAGGUGGACUUGAAGCUGUCAGAAGAUGUAUCAGUCAGUGAAGAAGGUAAGUAAUUAAGUAUGACUAGGAUUUACAUGGAUUAGUUGUUUUGUUAAAGAAAUCUGUUCAUUGUACAGUAUUGAAGACAAACUUUAUUCUGGAUAAUUGGACAAGUGAUCUUGAGACAAAAAAAAAAACAUAUUAUAUUUUUAAGGCCUGUGUUGUUUCUAGAGACAGCCUGGUAAAAAGCAGUUCGACUGUUAGCUAACUGGACAAAAUCAUACCAUUGAGAGGAAACAAUUCUUGGCAAGUAAAUGUACAGAGUAAAGUGGCCUUAAUAGUGUGAAGCAUUAACAGACUUUCUCUUUAACAGGGAGAGAGGAUAAGAAGGCAGAUGAGGAGAACAAAGCACAAAGACCAAUGGUAAGAGUACAGAGUGCCCAUUGAUCCUACAGCUGUUAUGAAUUUGGUGGUUGCAUAGUUAUUAGAGGAGAAUGGUUAUGAAAAGCGGCAAACAUCAAUGAUAAAAAAAGUGCACAAUGUUUUGUCUUCUGUUGGCAAAUUGUUACGGAAUAAAUUAAAGCAAUGUUUUUAUUGGUCAAUACAAUCACAAUGAAAGGAAUGCUUUUGAAUGUUGUGCACUUUCAGGCCCACAAAAAAAAUUGAUGAAAAUUUCUUCUUCUUGGCAUUCAGACUGGUGAUAAAUUAUUGGCCAAACCACCGUUCAUUGUCGCUUAUUCUCGGCUUUGCUUUCACAAUUUGGCUGAGGGAGGUUGUCUCUUAUCGUGAUUUCAUUCAAUACGUUCUGUUGCUACUUUUUGGGUCAUGUCGCUUGUCGGAAUUUACCCCGGCAGGGCCUCUCUGUGGGUCAGCUAACUCAUAGUUUCAAAUCAUUCUCUAAGUGAGUUAAUCCUAGAAACCACAGUCAUGCUUUUUCUAGUCUACAUCUUACGUAUAUGUAUGUGCUGUGGGGAAAACGUUUCAUGGUGUCUUUCAUACUGUCUAGAAAAAAUAUUGGACAAACUGUAAAUGGCUUAGAAUGGGUUUUUUGAACACUGGUGAAACUUCUUUUUAAUAAUUGGCCGUUUAACCCAUUCGCUCCUGGAGAUUUUGCCGAAAAACGCGUUUUGAAGCUAGUCGAGUGGUUUUCUGGCCACUGUCGUGCUAUAAAGAGCUAAAACUUACCACAAACUGGUUUACAGGUCGAACACUUCGCGGCCUUCUGAUCCAGAUGCAAAAUAUCAGCUUGAGAAGUUCGGGCAUGCGCAGAAAGCAAAAUUUUGAGAUAGUUUUUGGGUUUAAAAGUGACACAGCAGUCUUGACUUUUAUUUUUCGCUUUCUCUCCUCCCUUCUUUUUUCGCUUUUCUUGCCUCAUUUUUUUUUCUCUUGCUGGGCAUUUAGUAGGCUUCAUUUUGGUGUGAAGAGUUUUUAGGAAAGCUUUUAGGAUCUUAGGAUUAGGUGAAAGGAAGGGUAGGUGGGUAAUGGAACAAGAUUUUCAUGGAGAUUUUCAGGUCAAUGUCACGUGGUUUUUUGCUUGUUUCUCCGGUGUCCUUGACUGAAUUGUGCUCAUUCUGGUAUGGUUUGAAAGAUCUCUUCACUCUGCACAAGUUAGAGAAGAAAGUUGUCCUUGACCAUUAAAACUGAUGACGUCACAAUGGGUAGAAAGGACCUGGAUCCGCACGGGCGGUUACGGGGCGAAUGGGUUAAUUACAUCCCAGAAUUUUUAAAACCUAUUUAUUUCCUUUUCCUGAGAGCUAAAGUCAUUUAAGAGUUGGCAGCAUAAUCUUAAAUUAAUCAAAACAUUGCAAGGCCUUAAACAAGUUGUCUCUAUAAUUUAGUCAUUUAAUAAUAUUAUUAAUAAACUGUUGAUGAAUUAUUAGUUAAUAUUGUAUUUCAGGACUUGUUAGAAUUCAUUGACUGUGGCUGUAAUGGCUUCCUCAGCACAAUCUGCUUAGUGAUUGCCUCGUACAAAGAGCAGUUUAUUCAGAGACAGAUGGCAGAGUAAGAAUCAUAAAUAUUUAUAAUUUGUUCAAAGAGUUUUUCAUCCUUUAUGCUGUUUAGUAGCUAUACUACGCUUCAAACACAGAACUUAACUCAGUCUCUGUUUAGUUCCUAUUUUUAACGUACCACUCUGCAAAUUUCGUUUUACUUAUUUCUUUGUGACUGGGCAGCCCAGCUUCAUAAGCCUUCUGUUUUCUUCUGAGCUCCCUUGCCAACUUGCAAUUCAUAUAGGUAUUCCUGUAUGGUAUUAUAUUUUGGCUUAAUAAAAAUGAACUGAACUGAACUGAACCUAAAAUGCAGAACUGAAUGAAUGUAUUAAUCAAGCCUGUGAUGUCUGAGAUUUCAGUUAAUUCUUUCCUAGCACUUAAAUUUUGAAUAUUUUUGUACCGAUUUCAAGAGUAUCAUCAUCAUCAUCAACAUAAGGCCAUUCAAGACUAUUAUACCUCUUAUUAUUUUUUUACUGGUGAAAGGGCAGCAGCUUCAACACGUACAUGUACUUCAAAAGUAAGCACUGUAGGAAUUAUAAUGAAGCCUUACACUUGGUGAGCUCACUUAACAAAAUGGCAGAGGAAAAAGUUUACGUUGCUUGUGACAAGUUUAAACCUUUGUUCAUCCCUUUUCCAUUACUUAGGCAUGGUCAAGACCAGCAAGAACUGGAAAAGAUAGUCACUGAGAAGUUGACAAAUUUUAUUUUGUCUUUGAUGAGAGAAUACUUUAAACUUACGGAAUCAAGAAUUGAACAGGAGGUAUGUGGUUUCUUAGGGUUUACACAUUUGCUAUUGAGGCAACUGAAUUUUUAAUCUGUACAUGAUUCAAGCUUAAUGUUCUAUGGUCAUCUUAUGGCUUUAUGGGCCUACUGGCGUUACGAGACUUAAUGAUUAUCGUCAACGGGUGACAUAUACGUUUGUGUCUUGUGUUUUAGUUUAAUUACAUGUUUAGCUUUUCCCUCUAAUUUUUUUACCCUUUUUUAAGUGUACAUAAUGAAUCCCACAAGAAUGGUAAACUAGUUAAUCAAGGAAUACAUUUUGUUUGGGGUGAAUGGAUCUCACUUUCGCAAAAGGAGUGAUUAAAAUUUGAUGUAAAAUAACAUUGUGCGAGUAACUGACUCGUCCUUCCAUUAAAAAGUAUACUAUACACUUCUAAAGAUUUUUUCUUAAAGCAACUGAACACCUUUUACACCUGAGACCCGUGUUUCAUGCCCGAGGCGUUGUCCAUUUCUGACACUUCUUCUCUGUUUUUUGCCGAUAAUUUUGCUGUGCCUCAUAACAUUCCACAACAAGUCUAUUAAACAAAGCAAAUAACACAUCAAAAUUGGAAAAUAGUUCUUACUCAAAAAAGUAAAAUAAUUGAAUAAAAGAACUUUACGAACUCAGAACUGCCGUGAACUUUUCCAGAUUGUAAUGUGAUUGUAUUAAAUAAAUCUUUUUCUCUUAGUCUGAUACAGGUGAUAAUAUUCUGUUAGUACGAGCACUGGAUCGUUUUCACCGCAGGCUUCAAGCUGUGCAGAAACUCCUCCCUGAGAUCGGUGUCGGACGGUACGUUGUCUCAGGCUGCGUUUACACGGCCCGGACGAAUUUUCAACCGGUUUUAGGAGUUUCGUUCACACGAAACCACCUUAACCGUUCCAAAAUUUAGGGGUCCAGCCGUUUAAAGUUCAACGUGUGAACAGGGCGAAAAUAUUGAACAGUCCCAUGUGAACGAAGCGUCCGGUCAAAUUUUUCAGCCGGUCGAAAAGUCGUCCGGCGCUGGCCGUGUGAAUGAGCCUCAACAGUAGUAAUGUGCGCAUAAAAUUGACCUUUUUCUGGGGAAGGAAUUUUACGCUGUGUUUCGGUUCAACGAUUUAUUUCUGUGAUGAAGGGAACAAAUUGCUUCAUCAAAACUAGUCAACAAGUCAUCCAAUGAAUGCUUUUUUCAUUUCUGUCAACCAAUCAAAAUACACCGUGACAUCUUGGAUCUUCACGUAAAACUUGACAGACCUGUUAUAUGACCGUUGGCCACCUAAACAUAAAAGAACGUGAGAAUUUAUGAGAUUCCGCUACAUUAUCAGUACUUUAUUAUCAAUGAGCUUAUGACGCCAUCGAUGGUAACGUAUCUUUUCCUGCGUAAAAGCUUCAUUUGAAGCGCCCUGUAGUACUCUCGACCAUGAAUGAACCAAUGUGGUGGCCCAGGUUGCCACAUGAAACACAAAGCAGAUUUAAUUUUGAAAAAUUUGUGGAAACGAAAGAAGAAUUGAGCUUUGCAUUGAAUGGUCACCCAGCAUUCUUGCUUUGUUUUUUUCUCCCCUUGUUCCCUGCUAGACUAUCAAACACUUCAAGAAUAACGGCAACAUGUCUGUUUUCAAGAGAACAAAUGAUAAGCCCAUAGACACCAUGCACCCUUAAGGUUUCAGGGCCAGAUUGUCAUGUCUGCAUGUCUGCCGAAGAAAACUGAGAAAACGGGAUUUGCUUCUGCGGAAUAAACUACAAGCAAAUGCCUAUUCAAGUUUGUGGUCUUAUAUCCAUUUAGGUCCCGUCCACACGCAUCGUGGUAUUUUUGAAUCCCCCAAUUUUUCUUUCCGGAUUAAAAAAUUUCCACGUCCACACGUAUCCGUAUUCAAAUCGAAUUUGCCUGUCCACACGUGUCCGGAUUCACUGUCAGUUCGUCAUUUAAUUUGUAAAGCGUUCUCCGGCUCGUGCGAAAAUUUUUAUCGCCAAUCUUCUUCAGUAACUGUUUCACUGACAAAAUUGUUCCACUAAGCACUAGUCAGUCACUCCUUUAACUUGUUUUCGGCGUCCAAUUCGUCGGUCCGACAUGGAUGAAAGCUUUAAAAUGUCGAGCCGCCGUUUGGCAUAAUUGAGGUGCACAGUAGUCAUAGCUAGGUUUAACUGCACACACGUUAUAAAACUUGAAACUGAAGUCCAAGCCGUAAAAAAGCGAUAACAUUGCGCUCGGCACCGUCUUCAAUAUUCGCGGUAAAGAACUGGGCUGAAUCUUGUGACGUCACUGGAUAAAAAAAAAUGUCCACUAUGGAGAGCGUAUUCAAAAAGUUGCGGAUUCGCAUGCUGGAUUCCUUGGAUACGUAUGGACGGAAGCCGACUCCGUAAAGAAAUAGUUACGAAUUCAAAAAUGCCCGGGUAUGAGUUGACGGGUCCUUAUUUAUUUUUGUAUAGUUUGGGAGCAAAUAUUGUUGCCCGCUCAGCCCAUAACAGAGUGAAAGCUUAUGCUCAAAAUCUUAGACAACACUUUCAGGGUAAGUUAGAGACAUUUUAAUCCAUGUUUUAUAAACACCAAAGCAUUUAUAUAAAUAAAAUAAAAUAAAAUAAAUAAAUAAAUAAAUAAAUAAGUAACUAAAUAACGAUUUAGAGGUCGCACAUCUACAUGAUGGUUCUUCGUCUUCCAUUCGGCUGGUCAAAUGGUUUUUGGAAAUUGGAAGCCUAAAAUGCUUUCAAAAUGAUCCAUGUUCGUGUUUUGUGAGCAGCGCCUAUCAUUCUUUUUCCAGCUAGCGAUAAAAACAAACCCCUUUGUAAAUGCUACAAAAGUCGAUGUAAAUAUACUUUGUGAUUAUGAAUUAUCGAUCAAGCGCCAUCUUUUUCUUACAAAUAUUGAUUAAUAAAACUCAUUUAGGAUGUUAUUACCGUUUCAUGUCGGAUUAAUUCCUCUGUUAAUAUCUUUUGCAGUAGCAAAGUUAUAAGUUUCAGAAAAAGAAACUAAAAUCUCUGUACGUUGAUUAAGUCCGUUUCUAUCCUUGAGCCUUCAAAACGCAACCCCUACCUUUUACUCGUACUUUAUAGCUUAGUAGAUGUUUGUGUGUAAAGUUUGUUUAACAGAUAUCAGACAGUCCCUGGCUGCUCCCUCGCCGCCUUCUGGAAGCGAGAAGCCUCCUUCCCUUUCUGAGUUGUUGUCUACCAUGAACAAUUCUCUCACCAACCGACUGAAGAUGACCCUCAACAACCUCAAGGUUUGUGCAGUUAGUCAGACAGUUCAGCUUGUCUGAACUAUGAUUUCUUUGUUACAACCAGAACGUUAAUCAGCCCAAAUUUUGGUAUUUCGUACACAGCGAAAAGUGAAGUUCAGUACUUCUUUGAUGAAAUCCAAAGCCCGCUUAUUUAAGUAAAAGAAAUUGCGACAGAAAUAUCGUUCCCACAUAUAAAGUUACCUAAGAAAAAGAGCACUUGUUGUUUUGUUUUGUCAGACGUUCAUCGCAAAUGACGUCACAUUUGCCGUCAAACCCUACUUUCGAGGACCGUUCUGUUCUGAUGACGUCAGAGAAGGACUGGCAGUGGAGUUUGUUCGUCACGUGAUACAGUCAGCUAAGGUCAGUACCAUACCUCUAACAAAGAGGUGAUGUCUCCAAAAUCAGUCAAUUGCAGUGUUGUUCCGUGAAUAUCUUUUUCUUGUUUGAUUAUGUUCCUUAUCAUGUGGCUUCUAACAUAGCAUUUUCUGCGAUCCAUGUAUAUUCUCAGGAGUUUUGCGAUGUAGGGACCGCUCCACCUGCCCUUAUCCUGCUGCUGUCAAGACUGUGUCUUGAUUUUCAAGAAUCCACCAUCUCCUAUGUGGUAUGUGCUUUUCUUGUAAGCUGUGUUUUUAAGUGUCGCUCGUAGCUGGGUACACUGUGCGUUGACUAGCCAAGGCUCCAUCCCUUCAUGUAGGUAAUCCCUAGGAAUGACAACAGCCAACUUCUUCAACCGAAUGUUUUCCCCUCUUUGCCUUUUUUUAAAUUUAUCCCAAGUACAGUCGUAACUUCUUUACUACGAACAGUUCGAACAAUCCCUCCCUCUAUAAAAAGGACAAAAAGGCUUGCAUGGCUCUACUGUUAUUUAAACCCCUCCUUUAUGGCCACCUUUUGUUGUUGCAACGGUCAGGGAAUUCACUGCGAAAUGUGGCCGCUUAUAGGAAUUUCCACUGUAAGGUGUAAAAGACUUAAAGUACGAAGGUUUGUUUCCGUAGUCAUCAAGAAGACACGCAUCAAACUAGAGUUGUUGAGAACUUUUUGUCAAUGAUGUUCUUUGUUUCAGUUUGUUGGCUUUUUUAUGUUGCCCAAAAUAAGAUUUGUAAUAUUUUUCUUAGUUUUCUUUCAAUUUGUUGCUUAGUAAGAGUAAAGUGAGCAAUUGAUAAAACGUCAGUAUUUUUCAUGUCAGCUGAGUCUCACUGAUGAGCAAUUUCCAGUCGAUGAGGAGCUGGGGAGAGGAAGUCUAACGACUUCUGCUUCUGAUCUUGCCACUGAGGCUCGUCACACUGCCCAGGUCAGUUAUCAAAUCCUCUCUAGGCCCCUUAAUUAUGCGCCUUACUUCUAAGGUUAUUCUGGGAUAAAUGGUCCAUCCAAGCACUCUCUUGUUUAUAACCAGCUACUCUUUUUGCAAUUCACGAUGGCAUUUGGGAAGGUAAUUUCGGUUUGUUAAACUUAAAGAUGAAAGUUUUGAGUUACCGGACCAACCCGGAUCUUAUCAAUGGAUAGAGUGCCGGCCCGGUGUUUGGUAUGGGAUCCAAUCCCAUCGGGGACUCCAAAUUCAUUUUUGUGCCUCACCUCGGAACAAAUUGCGAUUCCUGCUACACAAAAUUAGCGCUUCUUCCGAGCGACCAGUCAUUAGCUGAUUUGUUUUAUGUCUUGAUUCCACGGAAAAAUACUUCCAGUACGAGUACAAAAAUUAUGAAAGUAAUUGUCAGCGAGCGGUCAACAUUCGCGGUAACAGUGCAAUGUUACCCUUUGACAUCACUGAUUUUGCGAUGUUGCCCGCUCAGAGAUCUUUGGCGGGAAACAGUGGAAUAUGUAGAUGUCAUGUGGUUUCGGAGUAAACCAAUGAGAGCGCGCGCUGUUUGUUUUCCUUUACAGAGCUUGUUAAACCAUUAUGUAAGGAUGCAAGGACUCACAAUAUCACAGGUAUGUCGUUCACGACUAAUCUGGCCAAUCAUGAAACUAUCAUAUUGUGAGACUUGUUGAACGAUGCCUUUCCGUUCAUUUACCACUUGCAAACCUCCCAUAAUGCACCUUAUUUGCCCCCCAAAAUUUUGCAUAAGCAUUGUUUUCAAUUUCUCUUGGGACGGCUGUAAUACCCAGGAGAAAUGAAAAACAAAGGUGCAAGUGGCGUAUUCGAACUUUGAGGCAGCAAUAGCACUGUACUCAACCAAGAAUUUCUGCUGAAAACCAAUAAACCUUUUUAGCUCGUAAGUUUUGUUUUCCCAUUCCAGACAACGUGAUCGUACCCUAGGGAUCUGUUUCUUUCAGAUGUCGUCCUAUGCACCGCACGUACAUUCACGGGCAUAUGUAUGCAUAAUUUAAGAAAAAACAAAAGCUAAAUUCCCUGGACAGCAUCACGUGAUCUGAAUUGGGAAAACAAAACAUACGAGCCAAAAAGGUCUAUUCUCCAGGACAGGAGCCUAAAAUGGCCUAAGAUUGCGUGAGAGUCAAAGCACAAGUAGUUUCCCACUCACUCGACAUUCUCUCGUGCACUAUAUUAUCCAUGGUUCGUACAAUCUUUAAAAAAAAGGUCCUUGAAAAGUACUUGAUUUCUUUAUUACGUCUUGAAAAUCCUUGAAAUUCACUACCUUGUCCGUCUAAAAACAUUUUUGUGUAUGAGCUAUGUCUUACUUCUGUUUCUUUAUUUUGAAUGCUGUUUCUGCACCUCAGAUGCAAUUGCAAGUCAUACCCAGUCAUUUUCCAAAGCGUUGUUGCGGAAACUAGUAUAAAACAGUGUGAUCCACCAUAGCUGAAGAAGUAAAAAUCGUAAAUGACUCCAUUACGUGUUUUAGCCAAAAAGGCGUUCAAAAGGGGGUUAAAGAAUGCCGAUUUAUUGAAUAAUUCUUAGUCCUUGAAAACGGUAAUUUGUCCUUGAAAAAUCCCUUAAAAGUCCUUGAAAUGUGUUUGUCUGAAGUUGUACGAACCGUGUUAUCAAAAAAAGCAUAACUUUAUGUUAGAUGAUUCAGUCUCUUCCACUAACCCCGCUCAGUUACCCGUCCUAAACAGUCAGCAAACUGAGAUGUAACUCGUUUCCAUGGGAGACAGACCAUUAAAUUUACCAAGAGAGUGAAAAAUGGUAUCCGUUGUAGUGACGGUUUGGUAUUUUACUUGUACGCUGCAGAUGAUUCGUAAGAGUGUAGAGACACGUGACUGGAUGAACACGAUUGAACCUCGGAAUGUACGGGCUGUUAUGAAACGUAUCGUGGAAGAUGUGACAGCCAUUGAUACACAAGUUGGUCAACUCUACGAGGAAGGAGUGCGCAAAGCUCAUAGUUCAGGUGUGGAUCGUACAGUUUUGUUUCCUCGCACUUUUUUUGUGCUUUGACCAAUCCUUCAAUAUCCCGGGUUGUGUUUUUUCGAAGUCUUAAAACCUCUUCUCACAGAAAGAGCUGUGUUUGUGCAGGGUUUUUACGAUGACAAAGUCGAUUCAGUUUUCUUGUCGAUUUUGAAGCCUACCCUUAUGCACAAAAUGGUGUUGUGUUCACACCUUAGUUACCCGUAAUGCAACUGUUUACAUACUAGCACCGUUUUGACCUGUCAGACGCCAUUUUGAAACUUGCUGUGAAUUUCCUCUGAAAUAACCGAAUACGUGUGCGCUGAGGUAUCCGGUGUCCACUUUAGUCGCCGAGUACAAGGUCACGCAGCGGCACCGUUCCCAAAUCCGGUGUGGAUACUUGAAAAAAGGCUGCGUUUACAUUAGUGCUCAGUGAGUACCGUACCCGGCCACUGUGCCUGAGGAAUUAGGAAUUAGUCUUAAUUAAGACUACAGUGCCACGUGAACGAAGCAGAAUUCUAGAAGUAGGUUGUGACAGAUCUCGCUCUUGAAACCCCGAGAGUGGUUUUAGCCUUGUGUUUGUGUUUGUGUUUUAGAUUCCAGUAAAUUCACGUACACAUACCCGUCCAAGCCCAGUAGGUCUCAGUGGAGUUAUACCGCCAGGUACCGAGUCUUGUAGUUGUUGAUGAUGUGUUAUUGUUGCUGUUAUCGUUUUUUACCGCAACAAACUGGUACAAAUAGCUUUACUGUUUUUCUUUUCUCUGUUGCUUCUCCUUUCUAUGCAACAAGUUCAUAUUUUAAACAAUUCUCUCUUUUUUUCUUUUAGUACGGCUUUCGAUUCCAGCCUUCUUAGUAACAUACAGAAGUUAUUUUCCGAAAGAAUUGAGAUCUUCAGCUCCGUGGAUUUCUUAAAGGUGUCGGUAUUAACCGGCAUAGUCAAAAUAGGAUUGAAGGUAGAGUGAAGGAAGCGUGUCGUAAAAUACUUUGUUGCCAAAGGCUUGGAUUGCGAGGGAAAAAUCAUCCUCGGAGACCCAGGGGCAGAUAGUGGGGGCUACGGAAAGUCUAAACGGGCGGAAAAAUAAGGCACGAAGAAAAGUAAAGAACGGCGAGAAGAGCCCCUAGGGACAAUGCCUUACAAGACCAGUUCCAAAUGGUCGCCGCCGUUCUGCCUUCUGAUUGGGCAGAAAAACACAAAAGUUUCCUGGCACCAAUCAGAAGUCAUAACGGCGGCGACCGUUUGGAACUGGUCUGGUAAGACAUUGUCCCCAGGGGCUCUUCUCGCCGUUCCUUACUUUUCUUCGUGCGAUAUUUUUCCGCCCGUUUAGACUUUCCCUCGCCCCCACUAUCUGGCCCUGGGUCUCCGAGGAUGGGGAAAAAUUGAGUCUUUAACGAAAUUCUUGCGCCUUUCAAGAACAAUCAAAUGUCAUACCACUCAAGUUUCUCUACCUCGUGGGGAAAGAGUGACUAAACGGCAUCCCUUCAAAAGUCGUACUCUUCAAGCUCAAAGUCUUUAAUGCUAGGCGGAGUGGAGUAAACUAGCCUGGGACCAGGCUAGUGGGGAAAAAAGGCGAGCAAUGGGCGCAGGAAAAAAAAAUCAGGGAACGAGGGACCGGCGAGAGUAAAAGGUCCUCCUCAAUCCCCCGCUAGGUUCCCCCUCUAUUCGUCCUUUUCCCCCACCUGAAGAGCCUGGGGCUGGUUUCUCGAAUGUCCCGGUAGCUUUACGGGCCCGAAAUAAAAUAUUCAGAUCAAAAUACAAAAAAGCAUGGUUCCUAGCUACGAAACCAGUACAGUUUAUUUUUAUUCCUGACAGUUCUAUCACAUUAUCUGUAAACUAUUGAAACCUCGAUCUUUAAUGUAAACGACAACAGCUUUUCGGGCCCGUUAAUUUUCAGAACUCCUAGCCUGGUUCCAGGCUAGGAGUAAACUAGCAUCUCGUCCAGGACGAAUGGGCGAUACUCUUGAUGCUCCUUUAUCAGGCGCACGAAUUGGCCUCGACAUUGUGGGUCAUUUUUGGCCACAUGAGUCCUUUGUAUCUAAUGCGCUUGACUAUUUUGUUUUUAGACUCUAGUAGAGUGCGUCAGACUCCGUACAUUUGGUAAAUACGGUCUUCAGCAAAUUCAAGUGGAUACUCACUACCUACAGAUGUAUUUGUGGAGAUUUGUUUCUGAUGAGAAGUAUGGCUUGCUCUUCAAAUUUGUAAUAUUUAUCUAACUUUAUUUGGUUGUUUAAUUGCCCCUUCAAUAACGCCCGUUUCAAGCUCAUAGGGAAGCUAACGGCAGCUAAUGGUUUACCUUUUUUGAUCUGCUGGUAACCACGAUGAAAGAACACGACGUGGAUCAAAAUCUCCCACACCCCACAAACAGGGCUUUAUGACUUUUAAGCAACCUUGUCCCCAGGGCGCUUUUCCCUGGCUUUGGAGGUGGGGCGCCUCCAAAGCCAGGGAAAAGCGCCCUGGGGACGAGGUUGACUUUUUAGCGCACGUCAUCGCUGUUUCACGAAACGUUUUCCUUGAUAACCGCCCACCUUUGUCUAGAAACGCACACAUUUUCAUUUUCUUAAGCGCGCUCGAGUAUCUCUAAAGAGAAAACAGAGGGUCUGUGAACAGGCUUGUAAACAGCGAUCUGGUUCGCCUUCUACCGUUGGGAUUCUUAACCAUAUUAUGUUCCGUUUGAAUUAUUGGCUCAUUAUCCCAGAAAAGCCCCAUAAGGGGAGAGGAUAAUUAAAAUUUUCUUUUUUCUUCUUUCUGGUAAAUUGAACGAUUCGCGAGAAGUUCAUUAUCAUUCUGAGUAUAUUCUUUGUUUGUUUGUUUGUUUUUUUCAGUCUUGUCCAUUUUAUGCUGGAAGAGGUGGUAAACAGUGCUGUAAACAGAUGCAUCUCAACAGAGCUCAUGGAGCCUAGUGUAAGUAUUACCGAGCCCGAUUCCAUGACAACAAAUUAUAUUCCUUCCAAAUUAGUGAUCGCUUCCGGCAAUUCUACUUUUCAAUAAAAUCCUGGAGCUAGAAACCGCAAAAAACUUAUAGCCAAGCGAAAACCUAGAAGUACUCCACCUUAUCUGAAAAAAAUACGUCAUUUUUUUCAAGUUUUCUGCAGGGAAGUGAAUUCGUCAAAAAAGGUAUCCUUUUUGUUCUUUUUGCACGCAAACUACAAACCAAGAAGGUGAUUUCAUGGAGUUUUUCAGUUUCUAGAUGCAGGAUUUUAUUGAAAAGUAGAAUUGCCGGAUGUGAUCACUGAUUCUCCCGAAUCAUCUUUUUCACAACAAUCAUAUAAUGGAUUGAGAAUCAAGUAAAAUAGACGAGCAAGAAAGCGUCAAGUUUAAGCUAUGAAUCAACAAAAGCAUUCGCUUCAGACCGAAUAGGUCACUUGCACUGAGAGGUUACAUGACCAAUGCUUCCUUUUAAUAAUGACUUGAAAUCCCGUUGAUGACAACAAUUGACAGAGUGCAUAAAAAUUAUCUUACACGCGAAAUUUGAGAGGAAACGCAUUUAAGGGAGAUAUUUUAUGGCACUUUGAUUUUUCAACAAAGUAGUAUGAUUUGUAUUGGCCGCGCUAAUCGUUUUUUGAAGUCAAAAUCAUAUAACUUUCAUUUUCAUAAGAAUGAUGUCACAUGACCUCAGUGCAGAUGGCCUAUUCUCCUAUUAAAUAUAGAUCAGGGGUUUCGUUUCAGGCCGGACGCCGGACGCAACGUCCGGUUGUUUGACAUGUAACGUCCGGCAGUUCACACACGAAAUAAUUAUUUUUUUAAGUGUGAAAAUCGUUUUUUUUCCAUUUAUUAACCAAAGAAAGACUUGACCCUUAUUUUAUUUACUUAGUUAUGUAAUGCAUACAAUCGAAAAAAAAAAAAAGAGAUGAUUCCUGUCAUAAUUCUGGUUACCCAAUUCCGGUCCAGGGAGCGCAGCAAAUUGCAUUUUAGGGAGUCCAAUUUUACAAAUUUCCCAGGGGGGCAUACUCCCGGACGCCCCUAGGAGUUCGUGCCUCCGGCACUCAACUGGCGCGAACGGUGCACGUCCGCCAGCUGAACCACUGCAUCCGGUACUUCCAAAUGCUACCGAAAAUCCUGAUAGAUAGGAAUAAGAAAGCAUACCUGCUGACCCUAAUAUGGAACCAAUUGAACUUUACCCUACUCGGGUGGGGGUCGGGAUGCCUCGACAGGAAGACUUUGCAUGAUUUGCAUAAUCAACACCUGCAGGAACCCACUGAAGGCUCCUGACACCUUUUGUGUUUUUUACUUUUAAAAUAAUGGCUGUCAGGCGUCGAAACCCUUAAAUAUUGUUUUCUCUGUCUAUGUUUGAAGAACUCUUUAAAUUUAUUUUUCAUAAUCCUCUCAGGCGCUGUUUAAAUUAAAGGAGGGUAACCCAUCUAGGAGGAUUAUAUUAUAUUAAUUUUUCCGAAUUCCCUUUUUCAUCGUUCUUAAGUAUCCUCGAGGACGUAUACUAACCACAUUUUCAUCAACUUGUUUUGUUAUUCUGUAGGUAAUUGAAGUUAUCUGUGAACGAGGCUGAAAUGCAGGAGAAAGGAUAAUCGUCUAUAGAGGAUAAACGAGAAAGAGGGGGCAACCUAGAGCCAUCGUAAUGGCCUUUUAUGUCCUAUGAAACUGUUAGAGAAUCAGACAAAACGUUGCAAUAGAGUAAAGGCCUUUCAUUAGGGUUGUGGGAAGGAGAUUUCGGCCUGGACGCAACCAUAAGCUAGCGCGCGAGCAAGCUCUUUAUUUGGAGGCUGUCGAGAAGUCACGCGAAAGCCGCGCGCGAUAGGAAACGCGAGUGUCAGGAUCGGAGCGGUGAAGAAAGCAAAAAAGAAAAUUUAUGAGAGAUCGUUACAAGCUCUUCUUUUCCUCCGCCCCUCGCGGCUUCGCGGCUUUUUCGCACGUUCUCUCGCGGCUCGCUCGCGCGUUCUAUCGCGGUUAGCUUACUCGAAGGCUAACACAAGCACGCGAAACUUAUGAUUUUCUUUUCGCCUAUGUUGAUGCUUUUGGUUGUGUUAGAUGUCUAAUCUAUGACAACACAACAAGACUUCUUUGACGCUCUUUUCUCAAAUCGUCUUCGCCCGCUCAGAAUGAGUACCCCCGAACCUUUUUGCUUUCAUGUCUGUGCAUGUCGCCGCAAACGUGCUUAUAAUGAAACGCUCUUAUGAAUUAUUCAUUCUUGUAGUUGCGUCAUACUUCUAAACCAGCCCUGUUAGCCUGAUGAUCUUUCGACGAUAUUUGAAAGCCGUGUUCGAUUCCUAGGAAUUGAUAGCUGGGCCACCUCCUUCUUUCCUUGAUACGUUGAGAGUUUUGAUAACAUUUAUGAGGGAAAUACGUACUAUGCAUUCACUCUUGUAACAAUCAGCAGAAAAGAACAACAUACUGUUCUUACUAAUCUCUGGGAAAAUGCAGGGAAAGCUUAAGGGUACUAAAAUUAUUUAAAUAUUGUAUGAAAGAAAAAUAAUAAAAGCCCGAUUUUCCGUCGACUGUUUUUUACUCGG